AUGAGGCAAAAGCUUGUAACAUUUUUCAGACCUCUCUUGCGAGGGCUGCAUUUCCAGCGCAGAGAGAUGGGAAAAGAUGAAACCAGUGCUUUGCUACCUAAGAGAAACAGAGUGGAUAUAUUUUGUCCAUCUAAUGCACAGAGUUUGUCACCAAAUUCUACCAGAGAAGGAGAAACUGGCUCACCUAGGAAGCAGGCAAUACCAUGGCAUGUUCGAAAGCCUUCUUAUCGCUCACUGAACUCCCUUAGCAGCUGUGUGAAAUAUUUGAACUUCUUUUGGAACAUGGUUUUCUUCAUGGCAGGGUUGUUCAUUUUGGCCAUAGGGAUCUGGGGUCUUUUUCACAAGGAGUCCCUGGCGAGCGAGCGGAUAACCUAUUUGGGUAGCGACCCAAUGCUCUUUUUUGUAUUAGCGGGUCUAGUAGCCAGCACAAUGUCUCUGCUGGGUUGUAUGGGGGCCCUUUUUGAAAACACCCGACUCUUGAAGCUUUUGAAUGGAGGAAUCAUCAUCUUUGUGAUCAUGGAAGUCUUGGGUGCAAUCAUACUCUUUUCUCUGAGACAUCAAAUCAAGGCCUCCUUGCGAGAUUCACUGAUGGUGGCAGUGCUACGGUACCAAGAUGAUGCAGAUCUCCAAUUCAUUAUGAAUGAAAUUCAGUCAGGUCUGCAGUGCUGUGGUGUGGAGUCUUACCAAGACUGGAUGACAAAUUUGUAUUUUAACUGCAGCUCUCCAGGUGUGCAAGCCUGUGGCGUUCCAUCUUCCUGCUGCCUGGAUCCCCUGGAAAAUGGCACCAUCCUAAAUUCCCAGUGUGGCUUUGGUACCCUGGGCCUGGAGGAGGUUGUGGCGCAGAGCAUCAUCUAUCUUGGGGGCUGUGUUCCCCAGCUGAGCAGAUGGCUUGAUAAUCAUGCUGGGGCAAUCAGCUCCUAUUUUGUAUUUCUAAUUGUGACUGAAGUAGGAAGCUUAUUACUAGCCUCUAAGCUCCUGGCAGACAUUGCAUUUGCUAGGACUCUGUAUUAG